UAUAAGUAGCAUCUUCCACCACCACCACUACCACCAUCGCCGCGUGCAGAAGUGAAAAGAAAAAGGGGGAAAGAUGUUUGGAACAGUGUCGUCGGAGAGGGAGGUGAAGGUACCUGCAAGUGAAGCGUGGAAGGUAUACGGUACCCUCGAACUCUCCAGCAUGGUCGGCCGAACACUCCCCAGCCAGGUCAGCAAAAUCGACGUCGUACAAGGCGACGGCACCGUCGGAACCGUGCUCGAGGUCUUUUUUCCUCCGGGGAAGCCGGGGCCUAGGUCGUACAAGGAGAAGUUCACGGUGGUGGAUGAUGAGAAACGGGUGAAGGUGGUGGAGGUGGUGGAAGGCGGGUAUUUGGAUUUGGGUUUUACCCUGUACCGGGUCCGGUUCGAGGUGAUAGAGAAGGAGAUGAAGGAGUGCGUGACGAGAACGACGAUAGAGUAUGAGGUGAGAGAAGAAUAUGCUGCUAAUGCUUCUCUCGUUUCCAUUCAAAACUUCGUUGCCGUUAUGGAAGCUGCCGCGCUUCACUUGAUCCAAAACUACGUCAAUAACUAAGCCAUGCUCUACGGCCCGGCCCGGCCCGACUCUACGAUUAAUAUUUAAUAAAUAUUUACAUAUAUGCUACAAGUCUAUUUAUUCCAACGUUGUUUGAUGGUUAUGGUUUUGGUUCUAAGUUGUGACUCACGUGACAAUGUAUUUGUAUUCUAGUCCUAGAAUGGGGAGUCUUUCUACUUUGAUUAAAUAAAAGGGUAAAUUGCAUUUUCAUCCC